AUGCAGCCCCCGAAGCCCGCUGCGGGGAACGGGGGCUCGCAGGAUCCCACCGCACAGACCAUGGAGAUGGAGAGCAACCAAGUGGAGCUAGCAGCAGGCAUGGACGAGAAUUUUUGCCCUGCCGGACCCUCCGCCAACCUCCUACCUCAUCCCAAGCCCCCGCUGUCCAUGGAGUGCACGAGGCGCGCCUUACCCCCAGAUGGGGAGGGAGAUGGCUCCAGUGUGAAGGGCGACCUGAAGGCAGCACAGGGCAAAGGCUCGUGGCCAGCAGAGAGCACCUAUGCCGGUGGCCCAGGCUGUGUGAGGGACCUGGCUCUGCCUGAGGCGGCCGUACCUUGCAUGGGACAGGGCACUGGCCCCCCCGGAAUGGACGCCAGCUCCAUGGGGGCUGCCCCCAACCAGUUCCACCCUCUCUACAUGCCUGGUUUGGAAUACCCGAAUUCAGCCGGGCGUUACCACAUCAACCCGGGUCUGCAGGGCUUUGGUCCCAUGAUGGGGGGGAAGCCUCCUCCUCCUGCCUCCCACCCUCAGCAUUUUCCCCCACGAGGUUUCCAGCCAAGCAGUGCCCACCCCGGCGUCUUCCCCCGGUAUCGGCCCCCCCAGGGCAUGCCCUACCCUUACCAGCCACAGCCUCAACCUUCCUACCACCACUACCAGCGACCGCCCUACUACGCCUGUCCACAGGGCUACUCGGACUGGCAGAGGCCUCUCCAUCCCCAGGCCAGCCCCAGCGGGCAUCCCACUGCCACCCCCUGGCGGGUCUGCGAAGCGCUGAGCGCUGCCCUGGCCUCUCCCAACCGCAUGGACGUAGCGAGUGCCAAAGAGGUUUCUCCAAGCGACGGGCAGGAUCUGGGGCCUGAAGAUGAGAAGUCCGAGGAGUCCCAGGAAAGGCCAGAGAGUCCCAAAGAGUUUCUUGAUUUGGACAACCACAAUGCGGCCACGAAGAGGCAGAGCUAGUUCCUCUAUGGAGCCCCACCACCACACCUGGGCUCGGGGAUGGGAUUUGGCCCAUCAGCCUUCCCUCCCCAUGGGGUGAUGCUACAGACUGGCUCUCCUUAUGCAUCCCGGCAUCCUGCCAGUCAUUUCCAGCCCAGGACAUAUGGAUCGCCCAUGAAUGCUCAUCUGUCUCAUCAUCCGGUCUCUAGCCAGACCAAUGGCCUCUCUCAGGAGGGACCUCUGUACCGCUGUCGAGAGGAGAACGUAGGUCACUUUCAGGCCUUGCUGAUGGAGCAGAGAGGCAGUGGAGGUGGCAUGGGGGGGCCACCCCAGGACUUGUAUAGACCCUCGGGAAUGCAAAUGCAUCAGGCUCAAGUUCCCUUCCCAAAGAUGCCUACAGCAACCAUGUCCCGGGAAGACUUGACGUCACAAAAACCAUCAGCAUUGCCUCUGGAUCAAAGCUAGUCCAAGGAAGGAAGGACCUCAUGAAGACGAAAGCCACACAUGAUUUGGACAAGGGGGAGGAGGGGCAGGCCUUCCUCCCACCCUCCCCUCGCCUGAGCAGCAUGUAGCUUCCUGGAUCCAUGGAACAUGGUGCUGCGAUGGCUUUUGUGUUGGGAACCUGGGGCAGCACUGGGCCCCAGCCAGCUGAGCAGCUGGCUCGCCACCGCAGGGCGAGCAUCACACACUAGUGGCUUUCCGUGACCGGAGACUGCGUCUCAUUCAGGGUUUGAGGGAUUUUUGGGGUGGGGGGAGGGUGAGGGUGGGGGCAGAAACGUUCAUUGACUGCUAAACUCAGGUAUAUUUUUCAGGGUGGAAGAGGACGAUGAUGGAAUUUUACUUGUAGUAUUAACAUGUGUGUUUUGGAGCUGGAUCCAGUUUACAGAAUUUAACCUGUUGC